AUGGUGAGCCAGCUAUUGUGGCACAGGGCUGCGGCCUCUCGCGGGCUCGCCGCGCGACUGUCCCCGCAACAACUCGUCCGGGGCUUGGCCACCGAGGCCUCCUCGUCACGCAUGCCGCCCUACCCUAAGAUCGUCCGCAACCUCGAACAGGUCCGCAAGGUCCUGGGAUCGGAACGCGCCCUUACCCUCGCCGAGAAGAUCCUCUACUCCCAUUUGGCCAACCCCGAAGAGUCCCUGCUCACCGGUACCAACAAUGGCCGCGAUAUUCGGGGCAAGGCCAACCUGAAGCUGAAGCCCGACCGUGUGGCUAUGCAGGAUGCCUCUGCUCAGAUGGCUCUUCUGCAGUUCAUGUCCUGCGGUCUUGCUUCGACUGCUGUUCCCGCCAGUAUUCACUGUGACCACAUGAUUGUUGGAGAACGCGGUGCCGAUACCGAUCUGCCGGCUUCGAUCAAGGGCAAUAGCGAGGUUUUCGACUUCCUAGAGAGUGCUGCUAAACGCUACGGUAUUGAGUUCUGGCCCCCGGGUGCCGGCAUUAUUCACCAGAGCGUGCUGGAGAACUACGCUGCUCCUGGUCUCAUGAUGCUGGGUACCGACAGCCACACUCCUAACGGUGGUGGUCUGGGUGCUAUUGCUAUUGGUGUUGGUGGUGCCGAUGCUGUUGAUGCCCUGGUUGAUGCCCCCUGGGAGCUGAAGGCUCCUAGGAUUCUGGGUGUACGCCUGGAAGGUCAGCUGAGUGGCUGGGCAUCCCCCAAGGACAUUAUCUUGUCCCUGGCCGGCAAGCUGACUGUCCGUGGUGGUACUGGUUUCAUUAUUGAGUACCACGGUCCUGGUGUUGAGACCCUGAGCUGCACUGGUAUGGCCACUUGCUGUAACAUGGGUGCUGAGGUUGGCGCCACUACCUCGCUCUUCCCCUUCUCGCCUAACCACGUGCCAUACCUCGAGGCUACUCAUCGUGGCCACGUCGCCAAGGCAGCGGCUGAGAUUGCUGGCUCUGGUCCUAAGAAUUUGCUACGUGCUGAUACUGAGGCCGAGUACGACCAGGUUGUGACCAUCAACCUGUCAGAGUUGGAGCCUCACAUCAACGGACCUUUCACCCCUGAUCUGUCCGUCCCCCUGUCCAAGUUCGCUGAUACUGUGCGUGAGAAGCAGUGGCCCGAGACUUUUGGAGCCGGUCUCAUUGGUAGCUGCACCAACUCUUCCUACGAGGACAUGACCCGUGCGGAGGACCUGGUUAAGCAGGCUGCUGCUGCCGGUCUUAAGCCUAAGGCGGACUUCUUCAUUACCCCUGGCAGCGAGCAAAUCCGUGCCACCCUCGACCGUGACCAGACCCUUUCCACUUUCUCCCAGGCUGGUGGUACCGUUCUGGCUAACGCCUGCGGUCCCUGCAUUGGCCAGUGGAACCGCACUGAUGAGGUGCCCAAGGGCGAGGACAACGCCAUCUUCACCUCAUACAACCGUAACUUUCCCGGUCGCAACGAUGGUAACCGCCGUACCAUGAACUUCCUGGCUUCCCCCGAGCUUGUCACCGCGCUCGCUUACUCCGGCAGCACUACCUUCAACCCGAUGACCGACUCUCUGACCACCCCCAGCGGCGAGACCUUCAAGUUCCAGCCUCCCCAAGGCUCGCACCUGCCUAGCGCCGGCUUCGAGGCCGGAAACCCCGACUUCCAGCCCACUGCUGCUAUUCCUGAUGCCAGCGUUGAGGUGGCCGUCUCCCCAACCUCCGACCGCCUGGCUCUUCUGGAGCCCUUCGCUCCCUUCCCCAAGGGCGAUCUGAGUGGUCUGCAGGUUCUGUACAAGGUCAAGGGCCAGUGCACCACCGAUACCAUCUCGGCCGCCGGCCCGUGGCUCAAGUACAAGGGUCACCUGCCCAACAUUUCCGCCAACACUUUGAUCGGUGCCGUCAAUGCCGCUACCGGCGAGACCAAUGUCGCCUACGACGAGGACGGUGCUCAGUACGGUAUUCCUGAGCUUGCUGAGCAGUGGAAGGAGAAGGGUAUCGAGUGGCUCGUUGUCGCCGAGGAUAACUACGGUGAGGGCUCUGCCCGUGAGCACGCUGCCCUCCAGCCUCGCUACCUCGGCGGCCGCGUCAUUGUGUCCAAGAGCUUCGCCCGUAUCCACGAAACCAACCUGAAGAAGCAGGGUGUUGUCCCCCUCACCUUCGCCAAUCGUGAGGACUACGACCGCAUCGAUGCCUGCGACCGUGUCGAUACCGUCGGCCUCUACGACACCCUGCAGGCUGGUGGCCAGGGCGAGAUCCAGCUCCGCGUCACAAAGAAGAAGACCGGCGAGACUUUCCUGAUCCCUGUCAACCACACGCUCAGCAAGGACCAGAGUGGUUUCAUCCUUGCCGGUAGUGCUCUGAACCUGCUGGCUGCCAAGGCCAACGCCAAAUAA